AAAGACCCCAAACUCUAGGCUAUUGGUUUCCCUGCUGUGCUUAACAAAAGGAAAACAACUAUUCACAGGUGGUAGAGAUGCCUUGCAUAAGUCUGAAUCUAUGAUACACUUGUGUGAAUCUCCUUUGCAUAAUUCUUGAGUUCUUUGUUGGGUGUUCUCUGGGAAAUAUGCUGUGAUGGUUAAUUUCUAACCACAGGAAGUGGACUCCACCCUGUGUUUUCUAUGUUUUGCUCUCAUUUUUCACACCCACCUGAGGUGCCCAAUCAGACGUGCAAAACAUGCUUUAAUGAAGGCCAUGUUAGCAUGAAGGAAAUCAACUACUAAAACAUUUUCUAAACAAGAAACUGUGAUGAUAAAUAAAACAUAAUCAAGAGAGGACAUAAUUUGGCCAUAGAUGUUUUCUGUUUUCACUGUCUCAGCAAUUUUCUAUCUUUCUUUCUAUCUCUCUCUCUCACACAUACACAGAAUGCAAUGCAAUGCAACUCCCUCCCUCCCGCUCUCUCUCUCUCUGUGUGCGUGUGUGUUUGUACAUGUGUGUCGCCUAUGUGUCUGUAAAAUUGACUUGUGAUUGAAGCAAGAAUAACACACCCCACUAUCUUUGUGGCAAGUUUCCUGUGGAUGUUGCAUUAAAAGAGAAAAGAAGGUUGCGAAACAUCCUUUUUCAUAGGAGCGAUGAUUCAAUAGUCAAGUCAGCUCUAGAGUGUGUGAAUGGGUCUGUUGGAUGCUGAAUCUACCAAAACAUCUGUCUGUGAAAGAUGCGCUCUUGGAUAUUUCAUCAGCAGCCAUCCAUGGUGACUGUGGCAUUGGGGAUUACUUUCAUUGCAAUAAGUAAUGAUUUGCUUCUCAGUCGAAUGGGCGUUCAGGCCUGGACUUAUAAUUACACCACAGACCCACCAUUGAACUGGGAGUCGGCUCGACGCUACUGCAAGGAGCACUUCACCGACAUAGUGGCAAUCCAGAACAAGGCUGAAAUCGCCUACCUCAAUGAGGCACUGCCUCGUAACCAAGGCUACUACUGGAUCGGCAUCCGGAAGGUGCAGGAGAAGUGGACCUGGGUGGGCACCAAUAAGAUCCUGACACCUGAGGCGGAGAACUGGGCCACGGGGGAGCCCAAUGACUUGGGCGACGGGCAAGACUGUGUGGAGAUCUACAUCAAGAGAGAGAUAGAUAUGGCACAAUGGAAUGAUGAGAACUGUGGAAAGAAAAAGGGAGCUAUCUGCUACACAGCCUCGUGCUCUGAAGAGUCCUGCAGUCAGUUUGGGGAGUGUGUGGAGACCAUUGGAGACUUUAAGUGCAGGUGUUAUCUUGGCUUUGAAGGCCCUCGCUGUGAGAGAGCUGUGGUGUGUGGGCCAGUGCAACCUCCAGAGCAGGGCUCAGUGGGCUGUCUCCACGCCUUUGGAGAGAACAGCUACAACUCCAGCUGCCAGGUCCGAUGCAAUGCAGGCUUCCAGCUGCAGGGGGCAGCACAGCUACUCUGCCUGGCCACCAGACAGUGGGACCAACAAACUCCCUCAUGCCAAGCUGUGAAGUGUCCAGCAGUGUCUGAUGCCCCUAGUGGAGGAGGUUUGAACUGCAGCCACCCGAUUGCUCCCUACAGCUUCAACUCCACCUGUGAAUUCAGGUGUGAUGAGGGCUUCCUGCUCCAAGGAGCUAAGAGAACAGAAUGUGACGCCACAGGCCAGUGGACACACCCAGCCCCCACCUGCAAAGUGGUAACCUGUGAUCCACUGCUGGUGCCUUCGGGAGUCGACUUCACCUGUGAAAACCCACUGGGUGCCUCCUCCUACAACUCUACCUGUAAUUUCUCCUGUAAGGUGGGUCACACUCUGAUGGGACCAUUCAGCCUCACCUGCCUGGCGUCUGGAACCUGGUCAGCAGCAGCACCUGUGUGUAAAGUUGUACGCUGUGGCCAACUAAAUGCCCCUCUUCAUGGCAAGCUGCGGUGUCAAGACCCUUUGGAGAAUUUCAGCUACAACUCCACCUGCUGGUCAGAGUGUGAUGAGGGCUUCCUGCUCCAAGGAGCUAAGAGAACAGAAUGUGACGCCACAGGCCAGUGGACACAGCCAGCCCCCACCUGCAAAGUUGUAAGGUGUGAACAAUUAAAAGCCCCAUCAAAUGGCAAAUUAAAGUGUCAGGACCCCUUGGAGAAGUCCAGCUACAACUCCACCUGCUGGUCAGAAUGUGAUAGCGGCUUCAUCCUUAAGGGAAACAACUCCACGUUCUGCUCCAUCCGAGGCCAGUGGAGCCAUGCCCUUCCCAUUUGCCAGGCUGUUGAGUGUCCUGCAGUGUCUGAUGCCCCUAGUGGAGGAGGCAUGAACUGCAGCCACCCCAUUGCUCCCUACAGCUUCAACUCCACCUGUGAAUUCCGGUGUGAUGAGGCCUUCCUGCUUCAAGGAGCUAAGAGAACAGAAUGUGAUGCCACAGGCCAGUGGACGCACCCAGCCCCCACCUGCAAAGUGAGAGAGAGAUCAUUGGGUGCAGCCCUGCUGAUGUACACAGCAGUGGGUGCUGCCUCUGCCCUUGGCCUGCUUGGUUUGAUUGGUGUAGGACUGCUUGUGCGACGCAUGGCUAAGAAAGCCAGUAGCAGUAAGGGUGAGACGUUGUGGAAUACUGGAAUCAAUCCAGUCUUUGAAGACAGUUAGAACAGAACAGAAACAAAUAAAUGCAAAUACAAAUAAAAAAUAGUAUAAAUAUAUGAAAUACUUAUGUGCUUAAAUGCAUUUGUUGUAAUCAAAUAAAUUAUGAUAAAGUGUCUUGUGUAAUGUGAGGAGUAAAAAGUGAAUCUUUCAGGCAGUCAAUCAUACAAGUCAUGAAAACUGCCUUGACAAGACUGUAGGCUAAUGACUUUUGUUGUUGAAAUUGUGAGGAUAGGAGAUACUGCAGUAGCCUACAUCACAUAUGCAUUAUUAUUGGUCAGAUAAUAUAUCUAUAUACAAAUUCUAAACAUUCAAACAUUAUAUUAUGAUUUGUUACGACAAAAUAAAAAGAGUGCUGUGAAAAUA